CGAGGAUGAUAAAUGUGCACGGACACACAGCGAGAGAAGAGGGAGAGACGCGCACAGAGGAAGAGGAGGGAGCUGAUCUACGGUCAGUGUGUUCGAGACGGAGAGACCUGCGGACACACACUCUCACUCUCUCACACACACUCGAGCGAGAGAGAGAGCGAGCGAGGGGGGAGAGCGAAGAAGAAGAAGAAACGGGAAGGGGAAGAAUGAGGAAGAAGUCCGCCGAGCUGCGCGCCUCGUCCCAACCACCGCUGCGGGUUUGCUGAUGAAGCAGCGCGCCGGUCACCCGAUCAUACAGGUCAGUCCGGGCGCUCCGCAUGGAAACCAGCAGCCAGGAAACAACAGCGGCAACAAAUAAAAAGCUGCCAGUGCAUGGGAAUCCGGACUCUUCUCCCCUCCUCCUGUGCGUCUCGCUCGGUGGAUCCGCCGUCUUGGCUGGCGUAUAAGAGCUCCCUGCGUCUCCAUUAGCAUUCCCCACUGCUGGCUUACCUCUACUACUACUACUACCACUCCUCCUCCUGCUCCUUCUCCUCCUCUCACUCCUGCUAGUAUCACUAGUGGAGCUGGGCUUUUUUCUUUUCUUUUUUGCGUUUUUUACACACUACUGACUGGACCUCCGGAUUGGAUAAAAAGACAGAAAAGGUUCCUCAUUAAUCGUCACCUGACAGAACCAAUCUAGACGUCGCCAUGGGUCGCUGGGAUCGCUCCUCGCUCCUGUCCCCUGCGCUGAGGCUAGCAGUCGUUGUGGUGAUUCUCCUCCUUGAGCUCCAUCCCUCGUCGGCCGGCGCUCCCCCCGAGCCGAACUUGGGUGGCUCCGUUAUGGCGGUGUCCACCAAUAAAACUGAGUGCAGCAAGGCCGAGCAGUGUUCAAAGGGGGUGGUGCUACCUGUGUGGGAGCCCCGAAACCCGUCAUUCGGUGACAAGGUUGCCCGGGCAACGGUUUACUUUGUGGCUCUGGUCUACAUGUUCCUGGGUGUGUCGAUCAUCGCGGACCGUUUCAUGGCUUCAAUAGAGGUCAUCACGUCACAGGAAAAGGAGAUCACUAUCAAGAAACCCAACGGGGAAACCACCACUACAACUGUCCGGAUCUGGAACGAGACCGUCUCCAAUCUGACCCUGAUGGCUUUGGGCUCCUCUGCUCCUGAGAUCCUUCUGUCCGUCAUAGAGGUUAUGGGUCACGGGUUUAGCGCCGGUGCGCUGGGCCCCUCCACCAUUGUGGGUUCUGCAGCGUUCAACAUGUUCGUCAUCAUCGGGAUUUGUGUGUAUGUCGUGCCGGACGGCGAGACGAGGAAGGUCAAGCACCUCCGCGUCUUCUUCGUCACGGCCACCUGGAGUAUCUUCGCCUACAUUUGGCUCUACCUGAUCCUGUCGGUGAUCUCGCCCGGGGUUGUGCAGGUGUGGGAGGGGCUGCUCACCUUCCUCUUCUUCCCCAUCUGCGUGGUGUUUGCCUGGGUGGCCGACCGCCGCCUGCUGUUCUACAAGUAUGUGUACAAGCGCUACCGCACCGGCAAACAACGCGGCAUGAUCAUCGAGACCGAAGGCGACCGUCCACUGCCUUCCAAGGUGGACAUUGAGAUGGAUGGGAAGAUGCUGAACUCUCAUGGCGUCGACUUCCUGGAUGGUCCACUGGGUUUGGAUAUAGAUGAGAAGGACCUGGAUGAGGAGGAGACCCGCAGAGACAUGGCCAAGAUCCUGAAGGAGCUCAAACAGAAACACCCUGACAAGGAGGUGGAACAGCUCAUUGAGCUUGCCAACUACCAAGUUCUGAGCCAGCAGCAGAAGAGCCGUGCUUUCUAUCGCUGCCAAGCCACCCGGCUGAUGACAGGUGCUGGCAACAUCCUGAAAAAGCACGCCGCCGAUCAGGCACGGAAGGCCGUCAGCAUGCACGAGGUGCGCUCUGAUGCUGGUGACAACGACCCCAUCUCUAAGAUCUUUUUUGAGCCGGGUUCUUACCAGUGCCUGGAGAACUGCGGCACCGUGGCGGUCAACGUGAUGAGGCGUGGCGGCGACCUGGGCAAGACGAUUUCCGUGGAGUACCGCACUGAAGACGGCACAGCCAACGCCGGCUCGGACUACGAGUUCACAGAGGGCGUGGUGGUGUUCAAGGCCGGUGAGACGAUGAAGGAGAUCCGUGUGGGGAUCAUCGACGACGACAUCUUCGAGGAGGACGAGAACUUCCUGAUUCACCUUUCCAACGUCAAGGUGUUGGCGUCAGAAGGCGAGGAGCCCGAGGAAGGAGAGUCGGCUAAUCACGUGGACUCGGUGGCUUGUCUCGGCUUACCGUCCACGGCAACCGUGACCAUCUUCGAUGACGACCACGCCGGUAUCUUUACGUUUGAGGAGCCUGUAUGCCACGUCAGUGAGAGCGUCGGCACCAUGGAGGUGAAGGUGCUGAGAACGUCGGGGGCUCGCGGCGUGGUCAUGCUGCCGUACAAGACGAUGGAGGGAACGGCACAUGGCGGCGGAGAGGACUUCGAAGACACUCACGGCGUCCUGGAAUUUCAAAACGACGAGAUCUUUAAAACCAUCAAGGUGAAAAUAAUUGACGACGAGGAGUACGAGAAGAACAAAACCUUCUACAUAGAGAUCGGAGAGCCUCGCCUGGUGGAGAGCAACGACACCAAAGGUCAGGAAGACGAGGAGCAGCUGAAGGAAGAGGAGGAGGAAGAAGAGGCGCUGACGGGAAAAGACGAAGAGGAGCGGCGCAUCGCUGAAAUGGGCCGGCCCAUGCUGGGAGAUCACGUCAAACUGGAGGUCAUCAUAGAGGAAUCGUACGAGUUCAAGAACACUGUGGACAAGCUGAUAAAGAAGACCAACCUGGCUCUGCUGGUAGGAACCAACAGCUGGAGAGACCAGUUCAUAGAAGCCAUCACUGUCAGCGCAGGCGAAGACGACGACGACGAGGAGUGCGGCGAGGAGAAGCUGCCGUCGUGUUUCGACUACGUCAUGCACUUCCUCACCGUCUUCUGGAAGGUUCUGUUCGCCUUCGUCCCGCCCACAGAGUACUGGAACGGCUGGGCCUGCUUCGUCGUCUCCAUCUGCAUGAUUGGACUGCUGACCGCCAUCAUCGGGGACCUGGCUUCUCACUUCGGCUGCACUGUGGGCCUGAAAGACUCCGUCACAGCGGUCGUAUUUGUCGCGUUGGGAACUUCUGUACCAGAUACAUUUGCCAGUAAGGUAGCUGCUAUCCAGGAUCAGUACGCAGACGCAUCCAUUGGUAAUGUGACAGGCUCCAAUGCUGUCAAUGUUUUCCUGGGCAUUGGGGUGGCGUGGUCCAUCGCCGCCAUCUACCACAGCAGCAACGGGCAGGAGUUCAGGGUGGAUCCCGGCAGGCUGGCUUUCUCCGUCACACUCUUCACCAUCUUUGCCUUUAUCUGCGUCGCCACGCUGAUGUACCGACGGCGGCCGGAGAUCGGUGGAGAGCUGGGCGGGCCCCGGACUGCGAAGGCCCUGACCACCAUGCUGUUCGUCAGCCUCUGGCUCCUCUACAUCCUCUUCUCCUCGCUGGAGGCCUACUGCCACAUCCAGGGCUUCUAAGAUGGUGGGCGAUGGUGAAGGGAAGGGUGGGACAGAAGGAGAACGUGGAGGAAGAAACCAGGGGGAGGUGGAUGAACGGGUGGAUUUGGAAAAUGAAGGCUGUCUCAUUGAUCUAUCACUCCCUCCCUUUCCGCAAUAGACUGAAUGACGGAUGAAUGGAUGGAUGUACAGAUGAAGGACUGGAGGACGCAUUGAAGCAUCUUAAAAAGAGAAUGGAAGGAGGCACGGAUGCAUGGAGGGACAACAAUAAACAUGAGAGCUAGAGAAGUCACUCAGAAGAUGAAACAUGAUGGGGAAUAAACAAAGGAAUACAUUUUUUGUCUCACUCUACAAAUUCAAACCUUGUCUUAAACCCACUAACAUUUUAAAUACAUACGACUAAUCCCUAAAGUUACAAAGAAACAUGCACAUAAUGUGUCCCAGCUGAUUCAACCAUACAGAAAUCAAAGAGGUUUAAAGCCCCUAACCUGGAUGUGAGGCUCCAACAUCAGCAGCCACAUCAAUCCUCUGAGUGUCCAGCGACAGCAACAGGCAUGAGUGAGACAGAAAUAAGACUGCAUCGGUGUGUAAUGCAUGACCAGACGAUACUGAUACUGAAGGAACCGGAUUAAUUGCCACAACUGUUUAAAUGACGACAAACUGUGUGCGUGCUGGUGCGUGACGGUGUGUUUCUGUGCUUGUGUGUUGUGGGAAGAUGGUCAAGUACUGUGAAAAAACUAAAAAACUAAACGCCUCUCGUUUUGCUGUCGCCUCCUGAGACGGAGUACGCUUUGAGGUCUUUUUUCAACUCUCCCAGCCUGUAGAAAUGCUGACUCUUUCGUGGGAGGGCGCAUCCAGUGAGGCGAAAUGUCCCGAGGUUAGACGUGUAAAUACAAAAGAGCUGAAACGUACAUUACAGCUCCACUGUUUUCCUUCUGAAUGUCUUGGUUACGCCAUGCGCUCCUGAACGGGCCCUCUUUCUGUUGCUUUAUACUGUAGAUGUAAAUGAUUUAAGGUCUAAUUUGAAGCAAGAAGGGGUUAGUGUGCUUUUACCUUUAAUAAGGCCGUGUCUGAGAGGACACACGACGGCCACUCUACCGUUUAAAACUGUUAGAGAAGCUCUUAUCGUUGCAUAAAUAUCUAGGUAAAUCUAAUGUGUGUUUGUUUCUUUUUAUAACUGUGGAAUCCUGUUACCUGGUUUUCCACCAAUGAGGUGACCGCCAUCAUUCGUCAGCCAUAACACUGCAAUAGACUGAAAAACGUAGGUACCACCCUCUGUGAAACCUUACCGACCUUGUGUUUCUUAAUUGUCUCCGUCGUCAUUUAUCUCGCUUGGUUCUAACUCAGCCGCUUCGGUCGAUAUCCCCGUGUGUCUUCAGCACCUCCCCCUGGCUGGUCAGUGGACCAAUCAAAAUCCUCAAGGGCUUUGUAACAAACAACCACUAAUCCCCAACCCUGACCCUUGAUUUAUAAUACUUCACCGUGAUUGGUCAUUAGGGGGCUGCUUAAUGGGGGUUUAUAUUGCAAAACCUUACUCGCUGACUUCACAGUUUUCUUCAGUGUGGCAUCAAAAGAUAAAACCAAGUCAUAAUGAUAUAAUUACUACACGUCUUCAUUUGUCUUCAUCAGACAAAGUGUCAAGAAUUACCCAAACAUUGGAAAAAGCGACCAAAGCGCUCAGUCAGAUGAGGCUUCGGCCUUAGUGGUAGGAGUCUUUCCCAGGUUUAAUAACUGCAGUCAGCUUUAUUCCAGAAAUGAUUAUCCGUGCUGUGGUUUUUCCCAGGCCGCCUCGGCUCAUUAAUAUGCCUAAAUAUACCAGCCUUCAGGUUGGAUCAUGAAGGACUUAACCCAAAGGACGCAAUUAGCAUCUGACUUUAUAUUAUUUCUUUAUUUAAGGGUAAGAGUUCACCCUUGAAUAAAGAACCAGACUGCAAUCGGUGUGAUUCACUCCUUAAUGCCAUUAACUCAUUAGUUAUGCAACAAAUUUUCACUCUUAAAAUGGAAGCCGACGGACUGAAGGAACAGCUGAAAAUGAUUCGCUGGUACAAAUGUCAGCUGACCAACAGAUAGGGGUAAAUACUGCUACAAUAGAGUACAUCUAGUACCAGACAGCCUCCGUUUGACAAGCUGACAGAGCUCUGGAGACAAUAGCAGACUAAUACCAGGGACUAGGACUUCUUUUGAGCUCUUAUUUGACUACCUGUAUGCUGGAAAACACCGAAACUGACAGGAAGCUGUGGGUCCUGAAUCAGACCUGGAUAACCGAGUUACUGUAGUGAUCCUUUCACGCUCAGUGUGGAUCAGAAGAUGCCCAUUUUCCAUUGGAUUUAGGUUCAUUUUGACCCAUGUUGUGCAUCAAAGGGUUAAGAUAGAACUCAAAAUAUGCAAUAUUGGGCAAUCCCAUGACCAAGUUGUUGGAAUGUACACUCUAAAUUGGAGUAAAUGUCUCGGUCUUUUACUGCUUGUCAGUCCCCCGCUCUCUCCCCCAUAAUUUCGUGUUCCUGUAAAAACAGCCAAAACUAUAACCUUAAUAAAACAAUGCAAUACAACCAGAUGAAAAGGAGGCUAUUUUUAAUGAGGUGACACAGUUGUAGAUUCAUUAUCUAAAUGGAUACAGGAACGUUGCUGAAAUAAAUUACUGAUAACUGUGUCAUCAACUUACUUCAAACUUUAUCUCCUUCUAUGUGACUAUCAUGGAAAACGAAGUGUCGGGAGUCUGUAGAAUUAACGAGUCUAUCUGCACAGUGAGUGGAUGCUCAUUAGCUGAGCCACUAUGGGGAUCUACUCUGAUUAAAAAAUACAUAAUCUCACUUUAUGAUACAGGUCCAGACAGGAUCUACAAUAAGUUCUAUGUAGGAUCUUUUUUUUACACCACAUCUCAGCCCUCCUUUAACUGACUCUUCAGCUUGAAUUUUACCCAACAUCUGUGGGUCUGACAGCAUCUAGCGGCGUAAAAGGAAACUGGAGGUUGUGAAAACACCAGGUGUGCUGUCUACAGACACUAGCUAGCAAACAUGAUGUCAAGCAAAGCCAGGCGUCUUUACCAACUCUGGACACUAGAAAAAAAAGACUUUACGGCCAAAGUAUAGGACUGACAAACUGACAUUAUCAGACACUAACUGGAACUGGCUGGCAACCCUCUUUGAUCAUUCAGUAUUAGACGGAUAAGAGCCAAACUCCCAGAUUCAAUAAAUAUCCUGAAGUAAAACACACAAUCUGUCAGAGAGGUUUGGACUUCAGACUGUUAACUAUUUUACUCGUUUAGCUAAAACCACAGAGAUCUCAGUGUACACAAACUUACUAUGUAUUGUAAAAGUCCAUAGUUUGUUUAAAAAAAAGGCACUAAUAUAUGCAUCCGAAUUGGCUAGAAUUUCCCUUCUGGUGUCGUGUUUUUUACUUGAUGUAUAAUAUAAUAAUAGUAUUUUAAAUGUCAUCUGUGAAGUAAGUAGUCCGGGCUAGAUGUAAUCCCUUUUAAACUUAGCAACACUUUCAACCCCUGUGAGAGAGUAGAGCCGAGCAGAGCCCUGGAUUGGGCGACUUUGGCAGAUCCAGGGCGUCCUGAGGGUAGCCAUGUAGUUUGAAGGUUUUCACAUUUGGAAGCACCAAAGGAGGAGAGAACUGUUUACCUUGUGAGGCAUGAUCAGGCUUGGAGCUACGCAUUUGUGGCCGAUCAACAGUUGGUUGGACGAAUCGGCGUGCUGUGAGAAACUAUUGGCAGCUACGAACGAGUUUUAUGUGUGAAUUAGCCCGUGAUAGAUGGAGAUAAACAGAUGGUUCAUCCAACCACCUGCCAGGUGUCUGUCGAAAGUGCCUGCCCUUUUCUAAAUGGUGUCCAAGGCAACUUCUCAGAUGUAUAACAACCCAUCUGGCGUGUCAGGUUGGAACUACAGCAGGAUGACAACUUCGACAGCGACGUGGCUGACAAAUCUGAUAAACGCUCUGCUGCUGCAUUAGAAAGGUUGGACAGUUUAGAAGCAACUCAAAAACUUAAUUAGGACAGCCAGCCUAAAACAGAAACGAGACGUUGCGUUACCUGGAUUUGCCAAACUCUCCACAAUGCUCGGCUCUCCGUUAGAGUAGCUGUUCUCGUGCGAAGGCCUUGGAGUGGCAGUUUACCCCUGUUUUGCCAAAGGGAAAUCUUUCUAUCAGAACUGUAAACGGUUUUCUAACCAAUGGAUCUUUCUUAAAACACCAAAUAUCCUUCAUACUUCAUUCUAAUAAUCUGAAAAGGGACAAAAGAGCCUUGAUGUUGUUCUAACCUAACCUGAAUCUUUCUAUUUAAAUUUGUAUGUAUUUGUCUCUUCACUGGCAUGGAGCUGAAGGUUUAUACACUGUAAAAAAGUUAUGCUCGCUUGCGCAAAAGAAAAAAAAAGAAAUAACAUUAUGGAAACUGUUUCCAUCACUUUUUGAGUAAGUCCAACAAGGUAUGAACUAUCCUUGAUCAUUUCUUGUUGGGUCUAGUUAAAACGUGCCCGCUACCUACUUUGUUCGACCGAAUGCUCGAGUGAGCAGGAAUGAAAUGCUUGCAGUAAUAUAGUUGUUUGCAUCAAAUUAAUUUGUUGCACAAUUUUUCUAGACGAUGAUUUUUUCUUUUUUUAAUUUAUGGCAGGUUAGCUCUCAUGCUAAACCGUCUCUCUCAGUGUAUCUACCUUGACUUUAAAGCUAGUCGAGUGGGACGCUAAAGGAAGAUUUCAAAACAAGGCGGGAAGCUAAAAGAACUGCUAAUAAAAUGUUGGUUGUGACCUUGCAAUUUUUUUUUUUCUGCCACGAUUGGAAUCAAAAGCAACUUGUCCCAGGAAAGUUGACUUUAGCUUCCUCUCUUGGCUUGUACUUUUGAGGUUCAAUGGUUUAGCCAGGCCGUUGCUGUACAUAAAAACACUAAGAGCAAGCACGGAGCAGAAAAAUGAGUUUUGGUUCAUUUGAUUCUUCUCCGGCGGCGUUUUAACUGAAGGAAAGAGCAUUGCACUGGUUCUCGUCGCUUAUGUGAAACGGAUGUUGUUUCAUUGACAAAGUUGCUUCUGAUGUAAACAACAACAGAGAUUUUUGUUGUGUUUUUUUAAUUUACACAAUAAUAAUGAUGUACCUGAUGUGUAAAAAAAAACUUUUAAAAAAAAGUACAGUGGUGUUGAAUCAGUUGUGAACCAUUAACGAUGUUGCUUCUAAUGUAAAGGUCGGUGGUGUUUUUGUUGCCGGCUGUCUGUCUGACAGACUGAGGAACAAAUAACUGCGACAGACAGACAGACAGACAGACAGACAGACAGACGAAACGAGUGAAAACUGAAGGACUGACAACCCCUGCUGGUACGAGCUGAGCAACGUCGCGCUGAGACGUCUUUGCUGUUGGAAUAAAAGAAAAAGAAAAACAUUACCGGAGCUAUUCUCUACCCUUAAAGUACAAUGUUAGAAGAUGUUAAUAAGGAGGAAAACGGAAGACGAGGAGGAAGAAGGUGAAAAUUAAAAUAAAAAAAAAGAAAAAAAACAUGAAGUUACAGCCAUACCUUGAUUUCUGGGCCAGUGAGAUUGAAACGGACUUCUGCUGCCCAGCAUGUGUAUUGUUCUGCUGUCUUAUCUGUCCCUCUGUGUCUUCUCCUCGCCCUCUUUCUCUCGUCUUUCUUUCUCAAAUCUCUGCUGCCAAAGUAACCAAAAACAGGCGGUGAUAUUCCUUUUGUUCUCUAUUUCCUCCCCCCCUUUCUCCUUUUGCCCCUCCGUCUCCCUAUGCCAUGUUUUCCAUAUUUUGGAAUGUCGAUGUGCUACUUGUUGACACUGUGCAUGAAUGAUAACAUGUCUGUAUAUAGUUAUAGAGAAUCGUAUCCCAUCCCCCCCACUCGGGUGUUGACAGAAAAAUGGUUUGAAUGUUGUACAGAUUCAGGUUUUUUCCGUUCGUCUUUUAUUCGGUUACAUUAUUUUUUUCUGUAAUGUACGUAGAGCUUAACAACCGUUUGUUUUUAAUUUAAACAAAGACGUCUUGAGUAACUUGCACAUUACUGAUUAAUGAAUUAAGGGUUUUUUGUUUGUUUGUUUGUUUGUUAAAAAGGCAAUAUCUGCUGUUAUUGAAUGAGAGAUGAGACCUUGAAGGAGUUAUGUAUCUUAAAUAAAUAAUCUAUACGGGAGUUGCAUGGGUUAUUUAUACAAUAAAAAAGAAAAAAAAAGACACUGCUUGCUACUUCUACUACCGUGGCUGUAUUCUCUGACAGAGGACGAGGAAUACUGUAUGUACAUCUAAAGGUUAUUUUGUCAUUAAAGAAAUAAUAAUAAUAAUAAUAUUGUGUAUAUACUGUACAGUGUUACAAGUGAGGUGGACUGUAUGGCCAUCACGCUAACCAUAGAGAAUUAAUUCUACAUAUUUAUUUAAAGGAAACACUCACUACACUCAAGAAUGACAUAUAUUGCCUUUUUGGAGAAGUUCUAGUUCAGCUUCAGGCUUCCAUCUCAGCCUUUCUCCUCAUCCGUCCGCUUUCUUCUUGUCUGGCUGCUUUAUUUGAUCUAUUUUUGUGUGUUUCAGUUUGAUUCAGGCGGCGUCACGUUGGGUUUUUUGGACUCACCUGUGUUCCAGCGUCUUACAUCUGUACUUUCAUACGUUCUGUGUGCCUGCAUCUCCUCCAUCUGUCCGACUCAAAGGAUCGUUUCACUGGAUGGAAGUCACCAUCUGUCUGAUUCUGACCCGUCUGUCAUUUUUUUCUUGCUUUGCUAAAUCCCUCUUUUCAUCUUUGUUUUCUUUAAUCUCCCCUUUUCCAUCCUCUUUCCGUCCUUCUCUUCGCUCUCGCAGGGUGUAGUCGGGGAUUUCAUGUUUGUCAGUUUGAUUUGGGGUGUUUUUUUUUAUUUUAAAAUGGAACAAUAACCGCUUUUUUGUAAUAAUGAAGGUAGUCUUUUUUUUGGCCGCUGUUCCUCUGUGUGUUUGUGCGUGUAAUAAUAAUAAUUUUCUUUUAUUUUUUUUAAUUAAUUUUCGUUGAACACCAACUGAUAGGAGGAAAGUUGUUGUAUGUGUGUUGCCACUAACUGUGACUGCUCUCCAUGGUACAUGGUACUUCUGAUAAAACCAGUAAAAUAAAGUUUGGGAUACCCUGUUUCAGAGA